CAAUUUGUAAUAAGUCAUGGAAAUUUUGUUGUGAAUAAACUGGUUUUUAAUGAUGUUUCUCACUGUAUCGCUAAUAUCAGAGAUGCAUUUUUUUCAGCUUCUGUGUGCAUGAGAGGUAUGAUACUGACUUUGAAGACAGGAAAUUGAGACAUACAGAAGGAGAAACAAGGGUACUCUGUGAUUCUCUCGCUCAGUGCUUAGCUAUGUAGGACCUGAUGUUUUUGAGAACUUAAAAAGGACUUAAGUUCAUAUUAUAUACCUUCAUUGUAAGUUCAUACUCAAAUCUGAAUGCAGAGUCUCUAAACAAGGAGAAUGUAUGAUACCUAUUUAGUUUAAGUGACUUGCCUUACAUCAGUUUGAAGCCCUUCUGACAGAAGAGUGGAGUACAUUUUCGCAGGGCAGCCUUCUGUUACAAGCUGUAAGACCAUUCUCUCCCUUCCUGCUGUCCGUGGGUCUUUCACAGCAUACACUGCAGCUUCUGAAAAACUAAGUAGGAUCCUGUAGACCAGUAGAAGUUAAAUGAGCUGUAGUCAAACCCCUCUUGAGAAAAUCGGUCGUGAGCUGAACCUCCCAACGUGCAGCUCCAAAUGGACCUUUAGGGGUUUCUAAAUGUAUCUCAAAACACAGAUGUUUACGUAUGACUUAUUACCAGAUAGAAUUUGUAAUUUUAAUAGAAGGCAUGUCUGUGUGAAUGUCCUAAAUAUGUAGAAAUAUGAUCACCAAAAUUAGAUGUCUGUACAAGGUCAGACCAGGAGUGUAUGUCUCCUGCAUUCUGAUCUCUGACAGAGGCCGGUGAGGAUGGGAUCUUCUCCCUUUUUCUGUCUGACACUGUUACUGUACUUAAGUUUUACAGGAUAGAAGCUUUCUUACCCAGGAAGGUGUCUGAAUGUAGAUGUAGACUGAACUACUUUUCAAAUGUUAGUGUCUUUGUUGAUUCCUAACCUUCUUCAUGGGCCAAACAUACUUCUCUCUCCUACCAAAUUUCUUGUGUGGACAAGUACUGCACUACCACCUGCUAAAAAAGAGGCUGGUGUCACAGCCAGACCCCAUAUACCUGUGUACUUGGAACUGCUUCUUGCUGGCCAUUUCCACCACUGCUGUCUCUGGACACAGAAAACCAGGAAGCCUUUUCUACACAUUUAUGCCAUCUUACACAAGCUUAUGGAUGCAACUACUGCUUCCGUUCUGUGAUGUGGCUCUAAAAUGGUCUUGAGACAAAGGAUUGCUACAGAGAUGCAAAGGACUGAAUAGCUCACCAGCAGUCACCUGUCAUUCAGCUUUGCCCUGGUGUAGGGAGGAGACUUUGAGGAGUGGGAGAGAGUGUGAAUCCCAAAGGACCAUAUCCUCACCUGCAUUUUGUUUCCCUUUUUUCUUGACAGUUGGUUCUUCUCAUUUUACGAGCUUAGAAGGCAGCUGCUCUCUUUUCCAGUUUGCACAUGAAUGCUCCCCUAUUUGCUGCCAGACGUGGUGGUCUUGUCUAUGGAUGCAGAGUUGCAUGAGUUAGUAUGACUUCAGUGCUCAUCUGACGCUUGCAGUUUAGGAAGUUGUACUGGUUCGUCUGGGAAACUAGCCUAUCUAAGAAAAAAGAUCCUUUUUCUUUUGAUUCUGCAGACUGAAACAGUCUACCGAGGGACUGGAAUCCUGUCUUGGGGAGUGAGACCAUGGUUGUUAUGAGAUGAUGGUGCCAGUCUGAACCAUCACUGUAAAAUUUUGACAUUGCAGUGGGGUGGUAGCUUAGGGCUUGAAACUGGUAACUUGGGCUUUCUUCCUGCUAUGUGUUCCCUUCCCCUACCCUAGACCUACAGAUCUGUACAGCUACAGGGUGAGUUGGUUAUUGAGCUGUUUUGGGAAGUGAGAGGAAGCAGGAACUGAUCAAUGGAAAACUGAGCUGUGUGAUGACUAGAUCUGCAUCAGGGAAGAGAAGAAGAAUACGAAUAAUGCUUUCCACAGCAGCCUGGAGAUGCGUCAGAUUAAGCAAAACAUGAGACAGCAUCUUAUGCCUCAUUACUCAUCCUUGCCCAGCCAUUGUGAUGCUGAAAAGUGCUUUUUUACCUCACCUGGUGCACCAAUGAAUAUGUAGCAUAUUUCCUUUUGAAUUUUCUUUCUUUACGUGGCCCUUCUAUUUCGUAGUGUUGUCUUCAUCUUCUGCUAGCCUCCAUUGUACAGCUUGAGGAGCUUUAGUGCUACCCCAAUCAGCUUCAGCCAGUUUUCAGUUCCCUUUCUCUCCCUUAGCCAGUCAUCUGAAGCUGUACCCUCCUCCACUUUAAGAGCUUUUUUUUCUUUCUUCCUGUCCUUUGAGUGAGAAAGAUGGGGACUCUUGGCUCUUGGAACUGUUUCCUGGAGCAAGUGGAUCAUUGCACGCAUAGUUGUUGUGUUUUCUGGAGGACAGUUAGGAACAACUCCAAACAGCUCAGGAAAGGCCCUACUUUUGGGAGAAUUCUUCAAAAGACUGUGGGAAGAGUUCCAACAUGACGUGGUUUUUGCCAAAGUUGAAGGCAGAGGGCUGACUGGCUGGGAAUGGGGUCUCCAAGAACUAGAGCGCUAGAAGGAGGUGCAGAGGCAGCUAGGUUCACCAUGGCUUCCCAGGGGAGGAUAACUUCUUGAAAACCUCUGCUUUCCAGGGGGUUGUGCUUGUUAGCGCAGACCUGGAACUUAAACUUGUAUGCGUGUCUGGGUAUUUGUCCAGAGGUCUCUGCAGUGUUCUACCUGUGGUUCCCCACAGCUUCUGGUUCCAAGAACAUACAGCAGAGGAACUGGUGCCUGCCCAGUCCUGGAAGAUCUUUCUAGGUUGGGUCCUGUGUUGCCAUGCGAAUGCACCCUGCUGAAGAAGUGCAUGUCACUGACUGGGAGCUGCUGUGAUGGACUGACUUCUCUGUAGUGCAGUAAGAUUUACAACACACCCAUACUAAAUAUUUACUUAAUGUGAGGCUGCAGAAAGGGAAAAGAGCAUGCGGAUGUAUUCACUGACAAACAGGGUCUGAAGAAGUGUGGAAAGCUAAGACUGCAUUAGCUUUAAAGAGUGUGCUGUGUUUCAGCUGUAAUUAAGAUGGAUUGCCUUCAUGACCUUGACUCUGUUUCCUAUCCGACUCUUUUUUGCUGCUUUUAUGAUGUUGCUGGCCUGGCCUUUUGCAUUCAUUGCUUCAAUGGGAUCUGAUGAGCAAGAGCUUGAAAAGCCCCUCUCCUGGUGGCGAAAGAUAGUGGAUAUUUUGCUGAAAGCAAUCAUGAGAAUGAUGUGGCUUGCUGGUGGAUUCCACUGGAUAAAUGUAAAAGGCAGACGGGCAUUGCCGGCAGAAGCAGCAAUAUUAACUGUGGCUCCCCAUUCUUCCUACUUUGAUGCCAUUCCAGUAACUAUGACCUUCGCCUCCAUUGUGAUGAAAGCAGAAAGCAAAGAUAUUCCUGUUUGGGGAACUCUAAUCAAAUACAUCCGGCCAGUAUUUGUAUCUCGGUCAGACCAGGAUUCUCGCAGGAAAACUGUUGAAGAGAUUAAGAGGCGUGCUCAGUCUGAUGGUAAAUGGCCACAGAUAAUGAUAUUCCCAGAGGGCACUUGCACAAACCGAUCCUGUCUAAUUACAUUCAAGCCUGGAGCGUUUAUUCCUGGAGUUCCUGUACAGCCAGUGGUUUUACGUUAUCCAAACAAACUGGAUACAAUCACAUGGACGUGGCAAGGGCCAGGAGCGUUAGAAAUUCUAUGGCUUACUUUGUGUCAGUUUCACAAUUCUGUGGAAAUUGAGUUUCUGCCCGUGUAUAUUCCUUCAGAAGAAGAAAGAAAAAAUCCAGUGUUAUAUGCCAAUAAUGUCAGACGUGUAAUGGCAGAGGCAUUGGGAGUUUCAGUGACAGACUACACAUUUGAAGACUGUCAGCUAGCUUUGGCUGAAGGACAACUUCGUCUGCCUUCAGACACAUGUCUUUUAGAAUUUGCAAAGCUUGUAAGAAGCCUUGGGCUGAAGCCAGAAACACUUGAAGAUGAUCUUGAUAAAUAUGCUGCAAGUGCCAUGAAAAUGAAAAAAGAAAGGGUUGAUCUUAAAGAAUUUUCAGCAUACUUGGAAUUUCCAGUUUCUCACACAUUAGAAAGUAUGUUUGCGCUUUUUGAUGAGAAUGAAGAUGGUAUAAUUGACAUUCGGGAAUUUGUCAUUGCUCUGUCAGUUGUCUGUAAGCCAUCCAAAACUCUGGAAACAAUUCAGUUGGCAUUUCAGCUGUACCAGUCAGAAAAUGGAACUAUAACAGAAGAGGAUUUAGCUCAUAUUCUGAAGACUGCCAUGGGUGUGUCACAGAUUAAUGUUACGCAUCUUUUUAGAGCUGUAGAUGAAGAAGAAAAAGGAAAGAUUACAUAUGAUGACUUCUACAGAUUUGCUGAAUUGCACCCACACUUUGCAGAAGACUAUCUCUAUGCUGAUCAGAUGGGAGCUGAGAGUGGCUUGGAGACUUCAUCUCUUUCUGCUCCUAAUGGUAUCUGUACUGACUUCAGCCCUGAAAACGCUGAAGAUAAAAACAAGCCCCUGCAGAAGAAACUGAAUUAACACUACAACUGUUACCUUCCUCUCCUGGUGAGAGGAUUGUCUUUUCUUGGGAUUUUCAUAAGUCACUCCAACUAUACAGCAAAUACCAGUUUUGUGUGUGAAAGUUCUUCUACCUUAAUACUGUUCUUUGAAUCGUAUGUGCUAUAUUUAACAACAUGUUCCAGGUUACUUUGGGGAAGGUGUUUUUAUUUUUUUCAAAAAGGUCUUUGAAAGGCAAAAAUGUGAAUGUGCUUCAUUAUUAAUGUUCAUAUUUAAAAGGAAGCGGCACACUUAUUUAUAUUCCAUUGGCUAGUUUCAUGUACAAAGUGUCGCACAAACUGUGCAUGUAUAAAGAAACUGUAGCUACUAUGGUGUUAAGUGCACUUUGGUGAUUAGUGUUUUCCCUAGUUAUGGGGAUGUUUAUUUGGGGCCAAACUUUGCUGUCCAUAUUUGCAUAGUCGGUCUUGUUGGUUUCAGUGGGAUUAUUCUCUCGAGCAAGGCAAGCAUAUUUUGGCCCUUUGUUUUGGUUUCAGUGAACAUUUUGGAAACAAUAAUGCAAAAACUUGCUAAGGAUUACUUUUUAUUUUUAUUGUUGAAUGACAAAAUUGUUUCUCUUUCAGUCUAUUCCAUGGUAGAAUGAAAAGGAAAGGCUUUUUAUCCCUCACCCCAGCACUUUUCUACUGUAAUCUUCUGGAUGCAAUUAAACGUGAAUUUUUUUCCAAACUGA